AUGGGGCAUAUGAAUAUUAAAGCUUUGCAGGGCUUUGAACUUAACAACAGCACUUCGCACGGAGCUACUGGUAACAGGAGUGACAUUCGGAGUGGCAUGAGGCUAGAGACACAGUUGAGCACAGCACAGCUGACCAGAAGAGAUCGUAGUCGGAACAAAAAUCUUGACCAGUUCCACACCACUGUAGUUCCGCAGAUGAUGAGCUCGACAUCUCUUGACUGA